AUGCUCGGAUCGCGCAUACACGAACAUAAGCUGGCUGUGCGACGAAGCGACGCAUUAUCACAGGUGGCCACCUACACCUACGAAAUGGGUCACGAGUUUGACUUCGCAGCCACCAAAAUAGUCGCCCACACCGGAAACAAAACAGGCCGAGAAUUGAUUGAAGCCUGGGCCUCGGAUGAGGACUCAGUCAAUCGAUUUGUCAAUCUGGCGCCGGCGUACAGAGCCCUGCGUAGUCACCUCCAGUUUUGCACCGUCAGUCGGUGA